AUGUCCCGCCCCUCCGCUCAACAACUCGACCAGCUCUACAAACAGACCCUCGCCGCCUCGAAACGUUUCGCCUCGUACAACUUUCGCGAAUACUUCGUCAGACGUACCAACGAGAGGUUCACCCCCUUAUUAUCCUCGGCUACUUCGGGUAGUGUGGAUGCAUCGGUAGAUCAAAAGUGGUGGGAAAAGAGGGUACAGGAAUUGGACGUGCUCAAGCGGGCGGGAGAGGUGAAUAGGACUUUCCAGGGGCCGAAGAUGGUCAUCGAGCAUGCUAGGCCGAUUACGGCCGGCGGUGGAGAGGGCGUCGAAGCCAGUCCCUAG